AUGUCAGUUGCCAUUGUCAGGUACAUGAAUGCUGGGGCACUAUCCUCGACUUUAGCCGCGAAGAAGAAAGCGGUGGCGCGCUCGGCGAAGAAAACAGGCUUGACUUCUGAAAUCGGCAGGCAGCCAGUGUGGCUCAGCUACGGGGUGGCUGAUUUUCAAGUUCCCGAGCGGCUUUUGGCCAACAUCACGUGGCAGGUUCUGGAUGGCCUGGAGUACUUGCACAGUGAGAUGCAUGUAAUUCACCGAGACAUCAAGCCAUCGAACCUGCUUCUGAGCACGACCGGCAUUGUCAAGAUCACAGACUUCGGCGUGUCCGGAGAGCUGGAGGACGACUUAGAGCAGACAAAGAAAGUCACCUUCGUGGGUACUAUACACUACAUGUCACCCGAACGUGUGGUGGGCAAGCCCUAUGCGUACAACUCCGAUACGUGGAGCCUUGGUCUGACUCUGAUGGAGUGCAUCCUUCUCCGCUACCCGUACGCUCGAGAAGAGGAAAUGGGCAAACAAUUCUCCUUUUGGGAGCUCAUGCGGCGCAUCGACACGCAAGAGCCCCCCAGCCUCCCCGCGGCCACGCAGCACAGCGACAAGUUGCAGGAUUUCUUGCAGCAGGCUGGACGUAUGUCGGCUUCUUUAGGGCCUUAG